AUUGCCGACAGCAGCAGUAAACACUAUUUUCGCAGGGAAUAGUUUUUCCUUGAAUUUUCCACUAAAUAUACCUGUAUUUUCCCAUCCAAAACUACGCAAAUGUAAUUUGCGCAAACAUGAGCACUUUUCAUGCAAAAAUAGAAAACAUUUGCAGGCUCUGCUUGUCCGGCGAUGACAACUUGGAAUCUAUUUUUGGUGAUAGUGGAAACGAACUGCUGCAGAUGAUAAUUUACGACUGCACAACAGUGAAGGUAUCUCAAAAGAUGGGAUAUCCAACUGCAAUAUGUGUGCCAUGCAGGUCCAAAGUGGAGAGCUUCCAUCAAUUUCGAGAACAAUGUAUUCAAAAUGAUGAAUAUCUACGAUCGACCUUUCUCGAGCCUGAAGUGGUGAUCAAAACAGAGCCAGAUUUUAUUCUCGGCACCGCUGGCGACGAGGAAGAUGAUGACGACGAUGAUAUCAAUGAAGCCGAUAUCGAAGAAUGGGAUGAAUCGGAAUCGAACGAGGGUCCUGAAGAAAUGCAGAUUGAUCCAAACUCCAAUGGAGUUCAUAUCCCGAUUCAAACGGAGCUAAUGGUAAACAGUGGAAUUGAUUUCAGUCGUCAUGCAAGUUUAGUUCCUUUGUUUAAAUGUGAAUUUUGUUCUGCCGAGUUUGCUAUCCUGGAGCAGCUUGAGAAACACAUUACUAGUCACAAGGAAGAGAAGAUCUUCAAAUGUUUUUAUUGUCCAAAGACAUUUCACUUUGCAAAAAACUUGAAUAUGCACGUGGAAUAUAUACACUCAAAAGUGAAAUACUCGCAACGGACAGCCAUCCAGACUACACACGUGGCACCAAAUCGGAGGGCUUUGAAUGAAACGACUACGAGUCAUAUUGCGGUCAGUCCGAAUAACGUGAAUAUUAACAAUAACAUCAUCACAAAUCGGAGUGGAAAACCAGCUGAGAUUCAAGCACCUGUAACCCUGACCCGCGUCCUACCGGUUCGAAUCAGCAGCCACGAGUGCCAUGUUUGUCACAAAUCGUUCAAUGAUCUCCGCCAACAUAUGCUGCAGCACGACGGCGAAAAGCCAUACAAAUGUGAUAUAUGUUCCAAAUCGUUUUUCAACGCAUCAACACUGAAAACUCACUACCGCGUGCAUAGUGACGAGAACCCGUUCCGCUGCACUACCUGUACUAAGGUUUUCGACAACGCUCGCAGCCUGGAGCUGCACUAUCGAACCCACACGGGCGAACGCCCGUACUCGUGUGACGUUUGCCUGAAAAAGUUCUCCUGCUCUUCCAAUCUGAAACGUCACCGGAAGUUGCAUGAUCGGGAUUAGGGUGCCGCAAAAAUAUUGCUGUUGAAACAAACACGAAUUUCAGCAUAGUUUUUAUUUUGUUAAAAAAAUAACACCUACACUGCAUACGCACGCAAAUAUAGCAGCUAGCAAAAACUGCAUUUAAUCCGAAGAUUUAUGGUCAGAAGAGCGCGCAUUUCUAAGUCCUUUAUUUGCUGCAAUUUAAUGAGUCAUAAUGACGUGGUGCUGGUGAUUGAUUCAAAUUGAGCAAUUUAAAAUAUACAACAGCGUAACGCAGAACCUUGUCCAGAAAUCGCACUAACAUCUUUUAGAAUACAUAAUUCGUAACCGGUUGCGAUGGUAUAUGGAAUGUGAGUGGUCUAAGUCAUUGUAUUUAUUUAGUAACUUAUUGUCUAGUCGUUAUUAUCAAAGAAGUUAAGUUAUAAAAAUAGCAUGUUUUUAUUUAUCGUUGAAGCAACUAAACCAAAAUCUGCAAUAUCAAAGUAUCGUAAAGUGUAAACAAGUAUAUUAUCAUUACUAGGAACAAUAAAACGAAAAUU